AGUUUUGUGGUUCAAUCAGGCUGAGUUUGUUUCGUUUUUCAGGGACUUUUUGGUGCUCUGUGUGGUUUCAGUCUGCCCACUGAAAACACACGAGCAGAAACACUUCGCCACGUCACUGGCUCUGGUUCGGGCGCUGACAGCUGCCGGAGUGAACGGGUUUACGGAGCUCACAGGCUAAAACAGCCCCACAACAAACCCGGAUCCACACCGGCUGCGUUGCUUAGCAGCAAGUUUUAGCCGGCUAACGCUGGACCUGUGAAUAACAACAACAAGCAGAAGAAGAAAAAGAAGGAAUAGCAGGAAACACUCUGACAUCUGGGGAAAGAUGGAGAACAAAUACAACCUCAAGAGCCCAGCUGUGAAAAGGUUGAUGAAGGAGGCAGCCGAGCUCAGAGACCCCACCGAACACUAUCAUGCCCAGCCUCUCGAGGACAACCUCUUUGAGUGGCACUUCUCUGUCCGUGGGCCUCCAGACUCGGAUUUCGAUGGAGGGAUUUAUCACGGGCGCAUCGUUCUUCCUCCUGAGUAUCCCAUGAAGCCCCCCAGCAUCAUUCUGCUCACUCCCAACGGGCGUUUUGAAGUGGGGAAGAAGAUCUGCCUGAGCAUAUCUGGGCAUCACCCUGAGACCUGGCAGCCCUCCUGGAGCAUUCGGACAGCAUUAAUAGCAAUCAUAGGGUUCAUGCCAACUAAAGGAGAGGGGGCAAUAGGAUCACUUGAUUACACCCCAGAGGAGAGGAGAGCCCUCGCCAAAAAGUCUUUGGAUUUCUGCUGUGAAAUGUGUGGAUGCUGCAUGCGUUCAGCCCUUCUGGCGCUCUCUCCUAACAGCGACCGCCAACCAGCCGACCAGCAGGCUCAGCAGCUAGCCCAGCAGAUUAGCUUUAAGGCCGAGUCAAGCACAUCAGCUGUGGCUAGUGGAAGUAAUGUGUCUCAGAGUGUCCAAAGAACUGACCAACAGGAAGAGAGCUCCACAUCAGAGGUGAAGGAGGACAGUGAAAUAACAGCACAAGCUGAACAGGUUGAGUCCAGUUCUGAAGCCUCCUCAGAAGCAGCACCAGUACCUCCAGCCCCUGCCUCUCGACCCCUGAGCCCCCGGCAACGCCGCGCUCAGAACCAGAUCCGGAACCAGAACCAGAAUCAGAACCAGGUCCGCAGGCCCGCCUUCCCAGCAUUCCCUGCAGCAGCGGCUCAGCCGGACGGCAGCCACACGGGCUCGGCCGUGCUCAUCGUUCUACUUACACUCGCCCUGGCGGCACUCGUCUUCCGCAGGAUCUACCUGGCCCAGGAGUACAAGUUCGACUACGAGCUCUGACUGACCCCCACUUUUAAAUCCACUUUAACUGCCACCAACAUCCACCACCAUCCAGCCCGGCACUCAGCCUGCCUCUCUCAGCCCAGCCAGAGCUCUCUCUCCAUAGGCAUGGAUCCUCUCAGUAUGCCCCUCUGCCAGCCUGACAGACUGAGAGACCAUGGUUCUUCAUCAGGGCACAAGUUACUUAAAAAAUCCAGAAGAAAGGGACUGGUUUCUGUAUUAUUGGCCUCUGUGCAUUCCUUUAAGGAAGGAUGAAUAAUGAUCCAAUUCUUUUCUUUUCUUCUUUUCUUUUUUAUUUUUUUGGGUGGAUGGAUUCAGUUUUUUAAACUACACUCUUAAAAAUAAAGGUGCCAAAGAAGGAUUAUUUGAACUACCUACUUUUGGUUUCCUCAAGAAAUUUAAAUGAAUUGUUCUUUAAAGUAAAAUAAAGUAAAGAACCUUUUUAAACAUUAAAGAACAUCCCCGUAAUGUACAGCUUCCAUGCUUUUACUAUAACCUUCACCUCCAAAUCAGAAUCUGUUCAAGAUCCUUUAUUUUUAAGAUUGUAGACCUUUUUCCUCGUCUAUUGGUUUCUUAAGAAUGGUUAUGUCGUUAUAUUGAGCCGUGAACAUAAGGGACUAUAAAGCCUCUAAGGGUGUUUUCACACCUAUGGUUCAUUUCUCCGGUCAGAAUCAGUAUCAUUUAAUGACUUUAUAAACUUGGAGCGUUUUCCCCCUUGGUUUGGUUUGGUCAUAGACAAGGAAAACCGCAAGUGCAACAAAAUGGGUCACAACAAAUGUAUCUGUUAGUGGGUCAGAGCUCUGUGGGGUGGGAGCAAGAAAUUAAAUACAGGAAGAAGCCUGUGUUCUGGAUUAGCUCAUGGCAGAAAUGGCAUUAGUAAAUAGUUGUUGUAAAUGUCUAGGUAAUAAAUCAGAUUAAACUGCACCUGAACAGCCAUUUAGCUCAAACAUGAGGAGUGCUGAUAUAGUUUAAAGUACUGUGAUAUUUUGGUUGUGUUGAAGUCGGAUCACUUACUCACCAUGAACAAAUCACUCUGGAGUUCUUUGGGACCAGACCGAGACCACAUCAUCAUCUCAGGAGUCUUGGUACGGUUAUUUUGGUCCUCAUGCGAGUGCAAUUACAGUAUUUGCACCAGCCAAAAUAAACCUCACUAAGGGUGAAUACAAACCAGAGUUUGAUUUACCAGACAGUAUAUGUGUAAAAACACCCUAAAGGCUUCUGAUGCAUGUGCUUUUGGUCUGAAAAAAGUAUAAAACUGUAAUAGGCUCUAGCAAAUGUUCAGCAUAAUGAUUACUUGAUUAAGAUUCAAUCGAUUCUAAUCUAAUGUCAGCAGUUAAAUUAGAUUUAGACACUAUGGUAUAGAACAUAAUGCAUUUAAACUUUCAAGAACACACACACACAUUCUCGCUGUCCUCACCACCUGAACUUAGCUGGGCUGUUCUAUUCCAAGUCAAGUUCAAAACAGAGCCUGUCGGUUUAGGAUUAGUGCUUUUAAUGGUGACCCAAGUCCUAGUCUAGUGACCCUGAAAAAAGCUCAGUUUAAUCUAUAACUCAAUUGUGCAAUGUAAAGCUGUUGUGUAAUUUUAACAAGAGAGAAUGAUUAAAAAUGGAGAACAAGA